AUGUCAUCAUUGUCUUUGAUUGAUAUUGCAGAAACUCUAUUCAAUUGUGGCUUCGAUUUCUUGAUUUGUCAUAGAUUCACCCAAGAUGCAAUUGAAAAUGUUUUUUCUCAAAUUCGACGAAAAUCCGGAGCAACUCCUACAGCCACCCAGUGUCUCAGUGCAUUAAAAAUAAUAUCAGUUUCUCAAUUUAUUUCCGAUGUUAAAAGAAGUAGUUAUGUAACGGACAGUGAUACUUAUCUUAUAGAUUUUUUCCAGAAUCCCGAUUAUGAGAGUAUUCACAGUAAUAUUAAUAAUUUUAGUGACAUGUUUACACAUAACACUAGUAACCUUCCUAGUGAUGCAUUUGAAACAGAAACUAUCAACCAUAUAUUAACAUGCAUUAGUAAAAUUGAUCUAAACAGUUUAUAUCACAUUGCUGGAAGUACAACCAAUAUGUUGUUAAAACAUUGUUGUAAAGAAUGUGCGAUUAAGUUACAGCAAAAUGGACCUAAUGAUGAACUGUUUGAAAGUAUUAAGACAUACACCACAUUAUUGAAUAAAGGAGGAUUGAAACAUCCAUGCAUGGAACUAUUUCUAAUUGUUUGUAAUUGUGAAAUUCUCUAUGUUAAGUAUAAGACAUAUAUAAUACAUAACUCUUCUCAUAACUUAAUUAAUAAAAUUGUAAAUGAUUUAUGUAUUGAAUUUCCUACAUGUUUUAAAUCAUGUAAUAUUAAAGAAAGAAUCGUAAAACACUUUUUUACUGUAAGAUCUUAUGCUACAGUAAGCUUUUCAGUAAACUCAAAAAAAAGAAAGAAAAUAUAUGGCACAGCAACUGCUAAAAAAAGAUAA